AUGAUAAAAAGAAAUAAUUUUAGCACAUUUAAAAUGUCGGUUAAUAACUCGUUCAACAUAUACACAAAUAAUGUAUAUGUUUCUUGUGCUGAAUUUUUUAAUGAAGUUAAUAUGAUAAACAAGAAACUAUUAUAUUAUAUAAAUGAUUAUUUUAAAUUGAAUGAUGAUAUAUAUAAUAAUGAUAAAGAGAAUUUAGACGAAGAAAAAAGGAACAUAAUAAGAACAAGAACAAAUAGAAUAAGAAAAAAAAAAAUCGGUUGUUUAUUUCCACCAUGUUAUUCUCAGCUUCUUAUAAAUUUUUGUGUGUUAACAAAUAAUUAUGAUUACAUUUGUAUUCCUAGUCCUAUAAAAAAGUGUAAACAAAUAAAAGAAAAGUAUGCUUUUUAUAUAUCAGAAAAUAAUAUUGAUUUAAUAUUAAGUCAUCCAUUUUAUAAACAUUAUAUAGAGGAAAUAUCAUUCAAUUUACAAAUACCCUAUUUAAUUGUAUAUGAUAAACCUGAUGUAUUAACACAUGAACAAUAUUUAGACCAUUUAAAAGAAGGGAGAAUUAAUUUUGGAAAUAAGUAUUUGUAUAAAGAGAAGAAAGAAAUUACAAUGAUGGAUGAGAAAACAAAUACUCAUGAUGAAAAAUACAAAUCAAUAGAUAAUAUACAAAAUGAUAACAAUAAUAAUAAUAAUAAUAAUAAUAUAUUAUUAUUAAAAGAUAUAUAUAUAAAGGAAUUAGAAAAAAAUAAUCCAUGCAUACAUUUUCAAUUAUCAAAACAAAACGAAUGUGAUAGAAGUAUCCAAUUUUAUUUAUCAUCUAUAUAUGAACAAUCAAAAAAUUUGCACAAAUUACUAAACUUUAAUAAAAAUGAUAAUAUUUUUUUUUGUAUACCAACCAAUAAUAUACAAUAUUUUGAAGUUCUGUUUAGUGUGUUGUAUGGAGGGGGAACUAUUAUGUUUCCUGAAAUAAAGAAAAAGGAAUUUUUUAAUUAUAAUAAUUAUAUGAAAUGGUUUACAAAACAUAUGAAGAAAAGAAAAAGUCACAAUUUUUCAGUUCAUAAUAUAAUCCUUAAAAAUGAUUUUAAUCAAAAUGAUUAUAAUUUUAUAGAUGCCAAUAGUUUAUUUGAAGAAAUAUAUAAUGCCAAAAAACCGAUUACUACUAUUGUAUGUAAUAAUUAUUUAAUUCGUGAUUUUGUUAAUUUUUUUGAAAAUUCAGAUAUAAAUAAUAUAACAAAGAAUGAGUUUAUUAAUAAAAAAGCUUGUUCUAUACAAAUAGUUUUGAUUAAUGGGAAUGAAAUAAUGCCAGGAAUAAAAGAAGAAUAUUUAGAAAAACUAAAAAAUAUUUUUAUUAAUGCAAAAAUAUAUCAAAGGUAUAUAAUACAAGAAAUUGGAACUAUUUGUUUAACAAAUGUAACGAAAUUAAUAGAAGAUAAUAUAAAAUAUGAAAGAAAUAUAGCUGGAUAUGUAGCACCAAAUAUAAAUAUAGAAAUAGAUAAAGAUACAAGUUUGUUAAAAAUUAAAUCUGAUCAUUUAUUUACACAAUAUUAUAAUAAUAAAAAUAUAACACAGAAAUCCUUUGAUGAAAAUGGAUAUUUUAAAACAAAAUAUUUAGCUACCUUAACACAAGAUAAUUUAUUGAAGAUAAAUGGUACUAUAAAUGAUGUGCAAAAAAUAUCACCAGAUUAUUAUUUAUAUUUUAAGCAACGAAAAGACAAAAUGGAAAAACACCCUCCUGGAUAUUUGAAGCGUGUGCGUUUGCAUGGUCAGAUAUGGGGAAAUUUUCAUGCGGACAAAAGAAAUUGGAAGAGAAAAUUUUAA